UGCUCUUUGUCCCAGAAGCCCAUUGUAUACAGCGGAGGAAACCCUGUGCCGUGAGCAGCCAUCUUGGAUAGACAGAUCAUACUUGAGCCAGGAUAACCUGCAUUCCUCCUCUGAACAGCUCUAGAUCACAAAGCUCAAAGGUUUAAUAACUGAGCCACAAUGGCCACCGCACCGUACAACUAUUCCUACAUUUUCAAAUACAUCAUUAUCGGGGACAUGGGGGUAGGGAAGUCAUGUUUGCUUCACCAGUUCACAGAAAAGAAAUUCAUGGCUGACUGCCCUCACACGAUCGGCGUAGAGUUCGGUACACGGAUAAUCGAGGUGAGUGGCCAGAAGAUCAAGCUGCAGAUUUGGGACACGGCGGGACAGGAGCGCUUCAGGGCCGUCACUCGCUCCUACUAUCGUGGAGCCGCAGGGGCGCUCAUGGUGUACGACAUCACCAGGAGAAGCACAUACAACCACCUGAGCAGCUGGUUGACUGAUGCCAGAAACCUCACCAAUCCUAAUACUGUGAUCAUUCUCAUAGGAAACAAAGCCGACCUGGAGGCUCAAAGGGACGUCACGUAUGAGGAAGCAAAGCAGUUUGCUGAGGAGAACGGUCUGUUGUUUCUGGAAGCAAGUGCGAAAACAGGCGAAAACGUCGAGGACGCCUUCCUGGAAGCAGCUAAGAAGAUCUACCAGAACAUCCAAGAUGGCAGCCUGGACCUGAACGCCGCUGAGUCAGGGGUGCAACACAAGCCGUCGGCUCCCCAGGGCGGCCGGCUAACCAGCGAACCACAGCCCCAGAGGGAAGGCUGUGGCUGCUAAUGACCAAGCAAAAAAACCCCCUCCAUCUUGCCCUCUCUCUCACUCACUCUCUCUGUGUCUGUCCUGCCCGCCCUUCAUCCAUCCCUCCACCUCCAUCCACCCUCCUCCCUCACUGCACCAGGAGGCUACGGAGGGAAGGAGGAAGUGGGAGGGGGCAGACUUGGGCCAGACCGAGCUGGGCUGUGUGGACUACAUCUCCCUCCUCCUCUCUGCCCCUCUCACUCCUCCUCCUCUUAAAUCUGUGUAUGUUAUCAUCCCAUAACUCUCCUCUUCUUCCCUUCUCUUGCACCAUCCAGUCCACCCCUUGUGUCACACUGUCAUAAACGCCACCACACAUCACACGGGUUACUGACACUUGACAUAGAUGUAAUGUUCAUAUGAUAACGACAAACCGAGACUGUUUUUUACGUUUGGUUUUCUAGCUCUGUACCACAUGAAAACACUGCAUUAAUUCAUCCACAACUGGUCUCUAUCUGUUUGUAUCGGCUCUAAAUUAUAAUCUCAAACUGCAACACCUCUCCUGCAUGGUUUACCGAUCCAGCAUUUAUCCAAACACGCAGGUGUGACUUCUCACUCGUACCUAAAUUUGGUGGAAUUGGGCGGCAAAGCAACAGAGUAGUAUUUAAUGCAGCCACACAGGAAGAGGCUAGAGAUUGUGUAGCUUAAGGAGCUUUUAAGCUCUGCUCAUGGCUUUUUUUUUAAUCCUGUUCCUGGAGAGAGAGAGGCGUAGGAAACCAUGAAUUAACAGAAAUGCCUCUGUGGCGAUUCCUCCGUCUCUGAGGAGAUAUCACAGGAAGGAGUAUUGGGUGUUUUUCAGCUUGUCUGAUGGGAUGGGAGUUUCUCUCGAUUAAGUUAAUGACACUUUUACUAAAACAAACACUGCUUUCUGUUUGAAGAUUCAUUCACAUUGGUUUCUUUGCACCAGCUCUCCCUCUCCUCACACAUCUAAACCCCUGAAACUCUCCAUCAGGUCAUAUCAACAGUUUCUGUCUUUUACCAGCAUUUUCUUUGUCAUUGUUUGUUGCCUUAUUAUAAUUAAUGUUAUCUUUUUGCUGCACUUGCUCUUCACACUGCUGUUGGACUCACCCCUGAUUCAAUAAAUCAAGUUUUUAGGAGAAUUUCUGCAGUAACAAGUGGUGGCUGUAUAAAAUGUCAGCAGCAUGGUCCCACAGAUGUAAAAAAAAAAAAAAAACACUCCUUUAUCUAAAGUGCUGCACCUGAAGAGCUGAUCUGUCGUUUAUUUGGGCGGUUGUUGUUUCUCUGCCUUGUAUAUUACAACACCAAGCAGCAUGCCCCCACCCCCAAAACAGUGAAAUUGUCAAAUCCAAUUAUGCUUCUUUUGUCUCCUGAAGUACAAUUUUUCUGUACCAUAGAGUGAUUCCCUGAUUGGACAGCUGUAAAUAUCGCUUCUUAACUAUUGGUGAUGACCUCGCUACUCGGGUUUAGAAAUUUAUUUGCUGGCUCUGCCAAGAUCUGUACAGUUGAUGUGCUAGUGGGUUGCCUGUAAUUCAUGCUUGGGAAAUUCUGUAACAUAGUUUCUAUUAAUAAAUGUAUGUAAAGGACAGACACCUAGAACCCCCUCCCAAACCACCCCAUCUGCACACUACUGAACCUGUUGAUUGGUUGAGGGGAGAGGAAGCGGAUUGAUGAUGUGCUAACUAGUAUUUAUGUCUGCAGACGUUCUUUCCUCUCAUCUCUGUAUGGAGCGGAGAAUGGGGCACUUUUAUGUUUAUAUUGUUUUUUUCUUUCCCCUCUUUCCACCCCAUCGUUGCUCCUCCACAUGAGAGGGGCCUGCAUCGCUGUCUUAACUUUUUUGGGGAGCAGGGAUUGGUUUGUUGUUGUGGGAAGUCGGUGGGCUGGGGUCUUCCUUUUUCCUGUGUCCCACCUCUUUGCAGUCUGAGUGACCACUUCCUGCUUUUGUCUGUCCACAAGUACAAAAAAAGUACAUAUGUAUAAAUUUUUAAGGAGCUGUGCUAACAUUUAAUGCGUUCUUGAGUGUAUAUGAUUUUAAAAUGUUGACAUUUUGAUUUUAAUGACAAAAUACUCUAGACAGAAAAAAUAAAUUAUACAUAACCUGUU